AUAACAUCACUAUUAUAUUGCACCUCAGUUCGAAAGGUGGCGCUAAACUAUUCUCAGCUUCGAAGCCAAGAACACUUUUUAGCUUUUCUUUUAUCCGUCGUUAGCGGAUAGCCCUGUGCUUUGUCUUGCAACACUAUCUUUUCAUUGAUUAAUCUCUGUGUCAAGAGGGCUGCAUCAGCUCGAAAGCGGRUAUAUCGCGAAGAAUACAGUACUUUGUAAGAGAUUUGGUAGAAUUUUGGUCCCGGUCAGUAUUUAUUGAUAAGCACUUGAAAAUGUCUCUACUCGAUAAGCCUGUCUCAAUGAAAGAACUUGGUAAAGCUGUAGUGAGAGAUUUGGGAGCCGUUUCACAAAGGAAGCUGUCUGAAGAGAAGAACGAUUUAAGCGCCGUUUGGGAAAGCAUGUAUGAAAAAGGUUUACGACGAAAAGUUAGUACUCAAUGCUACCUUAAACCAGAAGAUUUUGAAAACUCAGAACUUGGGAGCACACAAGCCAAGGCCGCUGAAGGUUGCGAAGCAAUUCAGGAGACGUCCCCAGACGAACUUAACAUAAGCGAAGAAACAUCCACGACCAAGAGAGAUUUGGCUAGUGUACACCUUGAUAGAGCCAUGAACACAAGUAGAGCUCGCUGGCACAAUGAAGGACGCCAUUAUAGACGUAAAAGAACAUUUUCUAAGGAAGAUUGCAAAACUGAAAGUUGACUUCUGAAACUAAUAUAAAAUUGAGACUUUUUGCGACCGAAGGAAAUCAAACAAGAUAACAUUGAUAAGGGACGUGACCGAACGUGUAAGCAGAAGAUAUGGACUUCUGAAUAAUUUAUACAUAUUAUAUUGAAAUGGUUGUAUAUAUAUAUAUAUAUAUAUAUAUGUACUUCGAGUCGUGACACGAUUCGAAAUGAUAUCAAUCGAAUCUAAAAGUAUAGAAUUAGAUUUUUAUUAAAUUGUGACUAUUUACGUUGUGCUUUUAUGUAAAUCAAAAAUUAUGUUAUUCUAAUCAUUAUUCUAGAGUUCGUUUUUUAUUUGAAUUCGUAUUGCUUUAAUUUUGUACAURACUGUGGUACGUUUUGGCGCCAAAACGACCCAAAAAACAAUCUCAGUACUGCCAUUAUUUCAUGUAACGCAAGGGUACAAGUGAAAGUCACUGAAAAUUAGAUAUUUUAUAUGGAUUGUCUGUUGGCUUGCAAAGACCACUAUCAGCAGACGUUUAUGUUUAUUUACUGUUUUAUUAAUUCAUCGUUAAUGGAAAGACUAUAUAUAUAUAUAUUUCAAUUUCUGUAUAUUGUAUUAAAAAUCGAAAUGACAUGUU